AUGGCAACAACCAUGGCUAUACUUCCCUCGACAGUUCCCAGCCCAGCCAAGCGAAAACAGCCACCCGAUGGCCCAACUACCAUUUCUUCCACCUCGGAAGAUGCUGCCAAGAACAACAAGAAGCAGCGGACGGGGCCCAGCAAUUCUCAUAUCCCUUCCAGGCUGCCGCUAGAGCCGCAUGAGGCCAUCAUUGCCGAGCUGCGGCCCCGGUACGACAUCGCUACCUUCUCCGUCAUAUCCUCGACCAGCAUGUCCAAACGGAUAGACCAGAUUCUUACCCACCUCGGCCGAUUCCACCCCUCAGACAUGGCCAUCCUACCCGGCGCCGCGUUACUGCACGCCCGCUCCAGGGACGCCGCCAAGAUGGUUUCAUUGACAGAGCUUGUCCGUCGCCGGAUCCACGAAGAGGGCCAGAAGUGGUUUCAGUACAAUAGGCUGUACGAGGUCGACGUUGAAGCUUCCGAAGAAACCACCGUCAUUGAAGAGACGGUGCUCCAUGGAGUUUCGGAUGACCUUGACGAGGAUGGGUUCGAGGUCGCAGCUACGGAGCGGGCGGCGGUUGCUCCAAAUGUCUUUGAGAGGGCAGUCAUGGGUCGGCCAAAGACGGAGCAUGCACUCUAUAUGAGUGUUUUCUUGUCAAGAGUACCAAUCCCGGAACUGAGGGCAAAAUCGUUCAUCACAGAGCAGACAAACUCCGCCAUAAUUAAUCAGCAACAAAAGCGAAAUUUUGGCUAG